GGUUGAAAAUGGAUCCCGUCUUUGUGCGGCGUGCGUGCUAAGACACAUUUACAGUUUGUUUUGGCAUGUCGUGACCCUCUCAGCCGUCAUUACAUCUUGUUGAGUGUUGCGAAAUGCCGGGAAUACUUGUGGCAUUUGGCGUUCUGGUGUUUUGCUGUAAUUCCCAGCCCGGUGUUGGUGUCUGAGAAAAUGUUGGUCAUGACGUGGGAGUGGAGGAAACGCAAAUGCCAAUGAUGUCAUGACCCGCGGAUGAAGUAACCCUUUAACAGAGUUAGGAUAGAAAACCUUCCUCUAUGUUUUAGCAUAUGCAAUACAGUUUUCUAAUGUUAAUUUUCUUCCUUUUUUUUUUUUUUUUUACAGGGCUUGUAUGUGUUUGCAGUGUAUUUCGUCAUGCACAACCAGUUAUGUUGGCCGACUAAAGCGAGUUACACUGUGGAGAUGAAUGGCCACGACCGCCCUGAUUCGACCUUUCCAGCCGGGGGACCGACAGCUGUUGGAAGCGACAUCAGCAAAUCAACCCAGAAUCUCAUCAGCGCCAUGGAAGAGAUUUCAGCAGACUGGGAGCCGUCGUCGCUGCGGACCAGCAUUCAGCCCACUAGCGCGUUCAAGCCGAGCCCUGCGAUGGAGACGUACGCCACAGAGGGAAGCUUCAUCAACACCAACCUGGUCACCACAGACGAGGAGUCGCAGGAGUUUGACGACCUCAUCUUUGCCUUAAAAACUGGGACCGGCCUUAACGUUAGCGAUAACGAGUCCAUACCUGGAAGCCACGACGGAGGCAGCAUUGCCAACUCCCAGAUCGUCGAGCUGAGGAGAAUCCCCAUCGCCGACACCCACCUCUAACCCUCUCACUUCAUGCAGAGACGUUACAAGACAGUAUUUUUAUAUUGUAAAACCUUUGCACUAAAAAGUUUUUUUUUUUUUUAAGUAAUCGAUCAUUUUCAUAUACGUAUUUGAUACUGUACAUUGUUUUUACUGCACCUCUGUUCACAUAUAUACAUAAAUGUACUAAAUUUAUUUUGUAAAAGUUGGUUUCUUUUUUUUUUUUGAAUGUAUAUUUUGUUGACUUGUUUUUUUUUUUCCUGUAGUUAGAUUAAUCAUUGUACCUCUCAAGUAAAACAAGUUCUGCUGCUGAGAAUGGAGAUUGUGUAACACUGUCAAUAAAUAAUGCAGCACAUAUUUUACAUGAA